GUAGGCCUGUACCCGAAUGACUAACCCAACAGGGGGCUUACCUGUCGUAGAUACAGGUCUAUCUAUAUCCUAGGAAGGUGCAAAGAGGAAAUGACCCUUACUUCAGCGCUUCACGGCUCAGCCGGCAGUUAGUGUGACGCGAAACUGGUCGAGAGCUGUACGUUGACGGUACACGGAACAAAACAGUAAUAUGUGACGACGGAUGGUUCGUCCCUCUACAUUUAUUUUACCCACAGGUGACUGAAUACGGGUUUACCUGGUUACAUAGUGACUUUCAUCAAACAGGGAGCUUUUAACGUCACAAAUGGGGAGAAUCACCGUUUCUCUGAUUCUCCUCUACUUGGGAUUAUGGGAUGUAAUAUGUACAGAGUUAUCCCCCCUAGACGAUUACAUUCUCCACCACGAGGCAUUGAAUUAUGACACAACCAGGUUGAAAAAUCUACAUACACGGAGAGAGCGCUCUGUGGACGAUGACGUCAGGCUACAAUUUACAGCAUAUGGAAGAACUUUCCGUCUCAAGCUCAGGGCCGAUAACUCUGUAUUUAAACAUGACCACGAGCUGGAGUUUGGUGGUGAAAUAUCUCGGGGCAAUAUUAAUUUGGCCUAUAGGGGCGAAGUUUUAGAUUCACCCAGAAGUUCAGUAUAUGGCACUAUUAUUAAUGGGAUCUUCCGAGGAGAAAUCCAUGAACCUGGAACCCCUACAUUCCAUAUAGAACCGUCGGAUCGGUUUUUUGAGGGGAUUCCCCCCUACCACUCUGUUAUAUAUUCCGAAGAACAUCUACAGACUGAUCCUUACAGACAUUUACGAGGUAACUAUACACAGUUUGGAUCUGCCUGUGGUUACCGUACCCAUGGGAACAAAGAAGACUUUCAAAAGUCUUCUGCGCAGUUUGAUUCUCACACAUCUGAAGAUCACAUAAAAGAGGAGGUUCUCCAUAGAUACCGACGGGCCACAGUCAAUGGACAAUUACUGGGAACAACCGAGUCCCCAAACACGUGUUACUUGGAGUUGCAAUCAGACCCGUUCCUUUGGCAAUACAUGAAAAAGUCACGUGCCAGUGGAGGGUUGGGACUGGAUACACAGCAAGCCAAGGACGAGAUCAUGUCGCUGUUCGUGAGUCACGUGAACAGUCUGAACGAGAUCUUCCGGGAAACUCGGUUCAACACAUUCGACAACCAAACCUGGUACCGAGGGAUCACCUUCAUCGUACAGCGCAGUCAGGUGAUGAUAUGGGAGGACGAGUGUUCAAACGUUACCAUCCCCAACAAGUUCUGCUCAGCGACCUACGACGUGAAUACCCUCUUGUACCAGAGUUCACUGAUAGAUCACUCCGCAUUCUGCCUGUCUUAUUUGUUCACGUACCGUGACUUCCAGAGAGGGACCCUGGGGCUUGCCUGGGUCGGGAAACCCUCCUCAGGCCUGACCGGAGGUAUAUGUGAGCCGUAUCGUGACUCCCUAGAAAGUAACAAUAAGAAAGUAAAGAAGAGUUUGAACACUGGUGUCGUGUCUCUGCUGAACUAUGGAAAGAGGGUGCCCGUCCGGGUGUCACAACUCACAUUCGCCCACGAGGUCGGUCACAGCUUUGGAGCAGAGCACGACGCUACAGAACAGUGCGCCCCUUUCAAGACGAAUCGCCCAGAUGCAAGUAACGGGAAUUACAUCAUGUUUUCUAGCGCCAAUCCAGGGAAUAUGGUCAACAACAACAAGUUUUCACCAUGUAGCCGAGACUAUAUAGCCAAAGUUAUCAAGGUGGUUGUCAACAACCUGGAGAACAAACGGAACUGCUUCAAACCUUCAGACGUGGCCUACUGCGGUAACACGAUCGUGGAGGAGGGGGAGGAGUGUGACUGUGGCUUUGAAGCGGACUGUAACGAUGAUUGCUGCACGGGCCGCUCUGAAUCUGGCACAGGGGGCUGCACCCUCAAAACUGACUCCUCGGGGAGAAAGUACCAGUGCAGUCCGUCUCAAGGUAGGUGUUGUACAAAGUCGUGUACUUUUGUUCCCCGAGAUUCCCAUCAGCUCUGUUCACCGGAAGAGGAAUGUGCGCGAGCGGCCUACUGUAAUGGAACUGCCGGCAGUUGUCCUGCCCCUGUCCUCGCUCAGGACAACCAGUUCUGCGAUGACAACAGCCACGUUUGUGAGAAAGGGCAAUGCAUCGGGUCUAUCUGUAAGAGGAUUGGCUGGGAGGAAUGUUUCCUGACAGGUGAUUGGAAGACACAGUCGGAGGAAAUGUGCUAUGUCUCGUGCAAAGAUCCCAAUUCUGGCAAUUGUGUGAGCUCAAAUAAUGCUACCUGGGUUGAACGAUAUCCAGCCUAUAAACAGCUGCUGCAGGAUGUCGGGAACGGAACUGUGAAAGCCGUUCAGCUGCCACCUGGUUCCCCGUGUCGUAAUUAUGACGGUUACUGUGACGUUUUCUACAAAUGUCGUCAAAUCGACACCGAGGGAGCGCUCAAAAGAUUGCUAAAGUUUUUCGGCGCCUCAGGUCUAGCGGAAAUAGAACAGUGGAUACAGCAAUACUGGUGGGCUGUUCUGUUGAUGUGUGUGGGACUCAUUGCCUUCAUGGCAGUAUUUAUCAAAGUGUGUUCCUACAGCACGCCGACUUACCCACCGGGCCGGAAACCCCGCCGUCAGCAAAAAGAGAUCCGUGAUGUUAAUCCACUUCACGACGCGAACUACGCUCGUCGGCGCAAUCCACAGAUUUUCCACACAUCCAGUGAAUGCUGAUGAUUAUCCCCCCCAAAGGCCACCACCGGAUUCUCCUCCGCCCAGCUAUGACUCUUACCGCCCCGAGUACAGGAAGGGCUACAGAAGAUACUAAAAAAGGGUGAUGAUUGUACCCUCUUCGCUGCAAAACAUCAGCCCCAGCAUGAGAACGAGGCACCACUUGCAUUGAUAAGAAUUACCUCCCUUGAACUAAAGUCUCAACGAAGAGUAAGAGGCAUAUACAUGUAAACACGCACCCUGAAAUAGACUGAAUGGGUGUCCCAUGGGUAUAUUCCCAAUGAUCUAAAAUUUUGUCCAUGAGAUUUAUUUGGAAGGUAGGAUGAUAUCCUACAAGAAAAUACCAGUUUUAGCACACAUAUCAACGUGUUAUGAUCUUUAUUUGCCUCAUGAAAUGCAUUUUUUUGUUGGUGAGGAGGGGGGGGAUUUGAGGUCAUUUGCAGUGUUUCACACAGUGGGUUUAAAUUCGCUGUUCAAGAAAAUUCGAUCAUAUAGAACGGUGAGAAAAUGCCUGCUGUGUUGUGCCGUGUUAAAUAUGGAUCCAACCCGCGACUGGUUAUUUGAUUGUUGCUGGGCGGGUUGUGCGCGAGGAAAUAUUGAUACACAUCAAAACUUUAUCACAAACCUGGUACGUACCAUUUUUCUUAUGUAAACAUUAUGACGCAUUCUUACUUUAACAGUACCCUAUGUGUAUGAAUUAUUUAUAAGGUUUUAACCAUUGAGUAGAAAAUCUAUUCACAUGAUUAGGUAUGUGUAUUUUUACGUUUAAUAUAAACAAAAUAACAAAAUAAUGAUAUCCUGAUAUUUUUAAAAAUUUAUUGUUAUGCAAAACUGGGUAACACUAUAUCGGUGCAUAAAUUGUAUAUUUUUUGUAUAUAAUUUUUCACCUGUCUUCCGCCUUUGCACGCGCCAAGGCGAUAUGUGUGAUAUGUGUGUGUAAAGUAGAAGUUUCACCUUGCUUUGAUUUCACCUUACCUUGACUUCACUUUACACUGACUUCACUUUACACUGACUUCACCUUACCUUGACUUCACUUUACACUGACUUCACUUUACACUGACUUCGCCUUACCUUGAUUUCACUUUACACUGACUUCACUUUACACUGACUUCACCUUACCUUGAUUUCACUUUACACUGACUUCACUUUACACUGACUUCACCUUAUCUUGACUUCACUUUACACUGACUUCACUUUACGCUGACCUCACCUAACACUGGCUUCGGAUUACAUGUACCACACCGAUGACUUGUGAAACAUGUCCAUUUUAUCUUGAGAAGCGCAAUCAAAGCUAUGGGACUUACUAUUGUUUUAUUUUCUUCUAACUUCACAAAUCCCAGUUCAUCAACUUUUGUAUUUCACGAUUUGUUUGUUUGCAUUAAUGUUCACUUCAGUGCUGGCCCUUAUAUUAGAUGGAGAGAAAUGUCGUGCUAAUUACAUAUUGUCCACCUAAGUAGACUUUAAGCAGACCUCGAAGUAGAAUGUCGCAGUCAUGAUAACUUUAAAUGUGAAUCCGAAGUAGAAUGUCGCAGUCAUGAUAACUUUAAACAUGACCCAGAAGUAGAAUGUCGCUGUCAUGAUAACUUUAAACAUGGGCGAAUGUCUGGGUCUUUUUGUCUUUUUGUUAACUUAAAAUGACUACCCAUUCAGGUAACCAAAUGGUAGUGCCAUUAUUUGUCUCCUUGGUAACUUAACACGGUGAACUAGUUACGAAGUGGAAUAUGCGCAUCAUUAUUUUGUCUCCUUGGUAACUUAACACAGUGAACUAGUUACGAAGUGGAAUGUGCGCAUCAUCAUUUGUCUCCUUGGUAACUUAACACAGUGAACUAGUUACGAAGUGGAAUGUGCGUAUCAUCAUUUUGUCUCCUUGGUAACUUAACACAGUGAACUAGUUACGAAGUGGAAUGUGCGCAUCAUCAUUUGUCUCCUUGGUAACUUAACACGGUGAACUAGUUACGAAGUGGAAUGUGCGUAUCAUCAUUUGUCUCCUUGGUAACUUAACACAGUGAACUAGUUACGAAGUGGAAUGUGCGCAUCAUCAUUUGUCUCCUUGGUAACUUAACACAGUGAACUAGUUACGAAGUGGAAUGUGCGUAUCAUCAUUUUGUCUCCUUGGUAACUUAACACAGUGAACUAGUUACGAAGUGGAAUGUGCGUAUCAUCAUUUGUCUCCUUGGUAACUUAACACAGUGAACUAGUUACGAAGUGGAAUAUGCGCAUCAUUAUUUUGUCUCCUUGGUAACUUAACACAGUGAACUAGUUACGAAGUGGAAUGUGCGUAUCAUCAUUUUGUCUUCCAUGUAGCUGGAGAAAUCCCGGUUGAAGGUCAUAAUAAUCUCAACGUACUCAGAAUGUUAAAGUUAAAUUUAUUACAUAAAUAUAUGUUAAUACUCAUGGGUAAUGUUUUCGCCAUGUCAUUUGAAAUUUUUGAAAUAAUAGAAUAUUGGAUAUAUGUGUAUGAUUUGUCAUAUAUAUCGUCAGCAAAUUAUGAACAGAAUUGAAAUUUGUAUUAGCCACGAACUCAUACUCUAAGGUUUGAAUAGCCAAAUGUGUGCUAUAGCCAAAUGUGUGCUAUAGCCAAAUGUGUGCUAUAGCCAGAUGUGUGCUAUAGCCAAAUGUGUGCUAUAGCCAAAUGGCAGAUGUGGGCCAUAGCCAAAAACCUCGCAGAUUCUUCAAAGACAAAGCGUAAAGACACUGACGAAAAGUAAGACUAAUGAACACCGGUUAGGGGUGUUGUCAGUCUUGUAGGAUGGAUCGCGGAUUGUUAAAAACGUUAAUAAAUCAUAUAUUUGAACUUCUUCAUCAGCUUACAACACAAAAAUCAUACUCUUCAUGUUCAACACUACAGUUGCCAAACAUCCAUUUGCUAAGUACCAGUGUAUUUUUUGUAUGAGCAUAUGCAGUGCAGAUCUGUAUUAUUUCUGUUAGCACGUUACUGUAUGUAAACGUUAUUUUGUUGGUACAUUACAGCGAGUAAACGUUAUUUCUGGUAGCACAUUACUGUAUGUAAACGUUAUCACUGUGGUAACUUUGCUGUUUUGUAUUUUUUUGUCCUACUGAUCAACACGUCCUCAUAUAUAAUAUUUUUGAAGAAAAAAUGUAAAUAUCAUGUCCUGUUGUUCCUUCUUGCUUUUCAAUCAAUAAAAUGUUUUAUUACAACAGA